AUGGAGUCUCUGUCCCUCUCUCCCAACACCUCCUCCCUCCCUCUCGUCCUCAAAGCCUGCGCGCGCCUCGGCGCAGUCGAGAGAGGGAGGAGCAUCCAUUCUCUUAUUCGGAACUCGGGUUUCAACACAGAUGUAAGAGUUGGGACUGCUCUUGUUGACUUCUACUGCAAAUGUGGGCUCAUUGAGGAUGCAGUUAAGGUGUUUGAUGAAAUGCGUGAGAGGGAUUUGGUUGUGUGGAAUGCUUUGAUUCAUGGGUGUGUUGGGUGUGGGUGUUUUGAGGAGGGGGUGGAGUUGUUUAGGGAGAUGCAGGGUGAGGGGUUGAAGCCGAAUUCGCGCACCGUGGUGGCGGUGCUUUUGGCUUGUAGGGAGGUUUCGGGGUUGGGGGCAGGGAAGGAGGUGCAUUGUUUUGGUUUGAGGAAUGGGUUGCUUGAGGGGGAUGCUCAUGUGGGGACUGCUUUGAUUGGGUUUUAUGUGGGAUUUGAUGUUGGAAUGGCGCGGCUUGUGUUUGAUGAGAUGGUUGUGAGGAAUGUUGUUAAUGUUGUUAGUUUGAAUGCGAUGAUUACAGGGUAUGUUGAUGCUGGGGAGUACUUGGUGCCAUUGGAGCUUUUCGUUCAGUUGCUUGAGGAGGGGGUUAGGUUUGAUUCUGUUACUAUGUUGGUUGUGAUUCAAGCUUGUGGGAAGAUUGGUAAUGUUGAAUUGGCCGGGCAGAUUCAUCAAAUGGCUGUGAAGUGCGGCUACAUCAGUGAUAUUUUUGUAGUAAAUGCGUUGCUGAAUAUGUAUAGUGAGUGUGGAUGUUUUGAGUUAUCGCGUGCAUUGUUUGAAACUGUCUCAAACCGUGAUGUAGCUAUGUGGAAUUCCAUGCUGGCUGCAUACAGUGAAUAUGGUUUAUAUGAUGAAGCCGUGAGUUUAUUUUCUAGAAUGAGAAGAGAAGGAUGCGUGGAAGAUGAGAGAACUGUUUAUAUAAUGUUAUCUUUGUGUGAAGAAUUAUCUGAAGGCUUGAGGGAGGGCAAAGGCUUGCAUGCUCUUGCGCGCAAGAGUGGGAUGGAAAUCAAUGUUUCUUUGGGAAAUACAUUGUUAAGUAUGUAUGCUGAAUUUAACUGUGUCGAGUCUGUUCAGAAGGUUUUUGCUGAGAUGAAAGGUUUAGAUGUUAUCUCAUGGAACACUCUGAUCAGGGCAUUGGCCUGCAAUGGCUUGCGAGAUGAAGCAUGGGAAACAUUUGGUGUAAUGCGAGAAUCUGGAACCAAGCCUAACUCGCACACCGUCAUAUCUGCCCUUGCCAGUUUUGAAGAUGAAACUUGUGUAAAUACAGUGCGAGCAAUCCAUGGUUUUGUAAUGAAACAUGGUAUUGAAGUAGACCCAUCUUUGAACACUGCACUAACAGAUAUAUACAUGAAUAGUGGUGAUGAAGCAGCAGCUAGGACUCUGUUUGAGGACUGCCCCCAUAGGGAUGUGAUCUCAUGGAAUGCUAUAAUUGCCAGUUACGUCAGAAACAAUGAGAGCAACGAAGCUCUGUUACUUUUCAACCGUAUGAUUUCAGAAGUGAAACCCAACUCUGUCACGAUCAUAAGUAUACUCUCAUCAUGUACCCAAGUUGCAUCUCUGCCUCUAGGUCAAUGCUUGCAUGCUUAUGCAACAAGGAGGCACUUCUCAUUUGACUUUGAUUUGUCUCUUGCAAAUGCUUUUAUAUCUAUGUAUGCUAGAAGCGGUAGUAUGCAAUAUGCUAAAAGGAUCUUUAAGAGUUUACCGACGAGAAAUAUUAUCUCAUGGAAUGCGUUGAUAACUGGCUACAGCAUGCACGGUCAUGGAUAUGAUGCUAUUCUUAUGUUCCAACAAAUGUUAGAGGAUGGUUUCCAACCAAAUGGUUCUACUUUUGUAGCUGUUCUAUCUGCUUGCAGGCAUUCUGGUCUGAUAGAGAUGGGAUUGAAGCUUUUCCACACUAUGGUAUAUGAUCUGGAGAUAACACCCAAGCUUGUUCACUAUGGUUGUGUCGUUGACCUUCUUUGUCGUGCAGGCCGCUUAGAUGAAGCUAGAGAGUUCAUUGAGUCAAUGCCUAUAGAACCAGAUGCAUCAGUGUGGAGGGCUUUGCUCAAUGGUUGUCGAGUUAAUUCUGCAGUUAAGUUAGCUGGAGAAAUUUUUAAGAAACUGGUGGAAUUAGAACCCAUGAAUGCAGGGAAUUAUGUCCUGCUAUCUAAUAUAUAUGCUGCAGCAGGUCUGUGGUUAGAGGUCAGAAAGAUAAGAACAUUGCUGAGGGAAAAGGGUUUGAAAAAGCCUCCAGGAACAAGUUGGACUGUUAUUAAAAGUCAGGUCCACUCUUUUGUUGCCUCAGACACAUCACACCUUGAUUCAAACAGAAUUUAUGCUUGUUUAAAUUCUCUGUCAGCCUUAACCAAAGAAAUUGGUUAUAUUCCUGAUCUACAAUGGGUUUUGCUUGAAGAAGAAAAUUAAGUGGAAAGAGGUGAAAGACUGUAUUUGUGAGGGUUGUGAUGGGUUCCAUUCAUGAAUGUGUAUGGUUUUAACAUGAUGACCUUUGCAUGG